AGACUAGUGACACUGCGGUUUUGCACUUGCCGACGCCAAAUUCAUCCGGCCGGAACUGAGAUGGCCGGAGAGAUGGCCGAUGAUGCGAGAAGCAUCUUCUCGCGCGCGGCGCUUUCUCUACCUCCUCCCCAUGUAUCCCUUGAUCUCCUGUCUUCCGGGGUAUGCGUGCGGUGUAUCUUUAGAUUGUUUGGGGUUCAUGGAGAUUUUUACUCCUGCCCAUUCCUUACAGGUCCAGAGCUGCAUUAUUUUCUGAAGUUGCAAAAUGGAUGCCAAGCUGGCAUCUCAGAAAAUGGGCAUAGCUCUUUUGGGCUCCACCAAUGUUCAGAGGAAUCAGAUUUUAACCAAAAAUAUUGCUCAAUAUGUUUGGGUAUACUACAAUUCCCUCAGGACCUAUAUCUGGGUGAAGGGACAUCCAAGGAUAACUUUUCAAUUGAUGUCUUUGUGGAGAAAAUUGCUGAAUCUAUAAAAAUAGCGAAUCAUCAAAUUGAUGGGUUUUUUCUUGAAGUCUCAAUACCACCAGUAAUUGUUGCUAAUGAACGUUCUAUCUGGUCGUAUAUGAAAAAGAAAUAUGAUAGCGAAGCAUGGUUCAAAAAUAAGGCUCUCUACAAUCAGAUUUCCUUAAAGGAUGCUCUGAGGUUAUCUAUAACUGAAUCACUUGAAAACAAAUUGAGUGUCAAAUCUGGUGCCAAUUCUUUCCAUAUUUGUCUGGCGUACACCAACUCUGAGGCUUCAUUAAGUCUCCAAAAUUCUCUGAGAAAAGUUCAAAGUUCCAAUAGAAGAAGAACAGAGAAAGAGAACGUGGUGAAAGUUGUUGAUCAGUGUGGCAAUGGUCAGUUAGAUUCUAGGGAACAGCUAUGCAGUAAGUCUGAUGCAGCCAUCUUGAAAGAACUUAGUAGCUUGGACGACCAUACUUUUUGUGAUCUUUUUGAAUUACCACCCAAGAAGGCAUCCAAUUCUUGCAAGUUGAUGAUCACAUGCUAUAGAAUGCCCGUGUUUAUUGGAGGGAGAUAUUUGAAGUUUUCAAGGAAGGUGAGCCAAACACUCUGGAUAAUUGAUGAUGAAAGAAUGGGAGAAGCAUCUGUGGAGGAGAUAGUUGGGACUCCUGCUCUUGAAAUAUGUAGAGGUGACAGCUACAAAUUUCAUGCUGCUGGUAGAGAAGAUAUUGAUGUGCGGAUGCUAGGAUCUGGUCGGCCUUUCUUAGUUGAAGUGUCGAAUGCAAGAUUCUUGCCUUCAAUGGUUGAUGUUGUCCAAAUGGCUGUGAAAAUAAACAAUUCAGAGAAAAAAUAUGUUAUGGUGAGGAACCUUGAAGUAGUUGGCAGUGAAGCAUGGAAUCUUAUGCGUGUUGGAGAGGCAGAGAAGCAGAAACAGUAUGCUGCUCUAGUAUGGAUUUCUCGCCCGCUGACGGAUGAAGACCUGCAGAGUAUUUCUUCUGUAGAUAACAUGGAAAUUUCACAGAGUACGCCAAUUAGGGUGCUUCAUCGGAGGAGUCCAUUAGAGCGUAAGAGAAUCAUUCAUUGGAUGAAGAUUGAGAAAAUUGUUGGAAGCAGCCAAUUUUUUCUGUUACAUCUUUGCACUCAGGCUGGAACUUAUAUUAAGGAGUUUGUACAUGGAGAUCUUGGCCGUACCUUUCCUAGCAUUGGAUCUUUAUUGGCCUGCAGGGUAGAGAUACUGCAACUAGACGUCACUGACGUGAAGAUGGAUGUUUUCAUUUGAAAUGCUUUUGAUUU